GAGAGAAGCUAACAGGGAAAGUAACACAAGUUUUGCUUGGAGCCUGUGGUCAGCUAGUGAGGCUUUUGGUGGUUGUUUUCUUUCUUUCUUUUUCCUUUUUCCACAGUAUGGGAGCGACCCCUGGGGAAAGUUUCUUGAUGCAUUUAGAACAGUGGCCGCAAAGUUGAGAGAUGGUGAAUGCUCAGACACAAAGGAUUGGCUAAACUUGACAUUGAAGGUUACCCCUCCUGCUGCUAUAUAUUCUGAGAAGCACAGGCUUUUUGAGCUUAGAGACACCUGCUCUUCAAAAAGAACAGAGCCUCAGAGAAGCCUACCAGAAACCAUCUACGGAAGAACUUUACGAUGCAGAGAAAACUGGCGGCAGCCGUCCUCUUUGCAGCCCUGUGCAUUUGUCUCUGCCGGAAAGUGGGCGUCUCCCCAUCUAAGCGGAACAAGAAGCCAUACACCAAGCGGCCUAGCAGGAUCACCUCACCUGUCCAGAAAUACCUGUGCCACGGGGGUCAAAUGAUUGACGGUGUGGAACUGCAGCCGAACGACACCGACUAUUACAGGGAUAAUUGGAAGGAUUUUCCAGACGGACUUUAUUACCCCAACUGUUCCUUGUAUCGAGAGCCUAACGUAAGCAAAGAAGCCCUGGUUGGCGAGUGUGUCAGUUUUGUAACGCCUUCAACCAAGUUGAACCUGUCUCUAGGAAAGGAUGCAAAUGACCCCAAGCAGAGAGUGAUGUGGUUCGUGAUUAACCACUUGUGUGCCAACGAAACAUGCAGUCAGCCGUGUCCGCAGCGCUCCAACACUGGAGCCCUCCGUUUUUCCAGUCAAGCCCUGAUUAUUGGCCUGCUUGGUCACUCUGUUCUUUCCACAAAAUAAAGUUGCAGGGUCCAAGCUCCUGAUAUGGAAGAUAGAGCCUUGUAGUUCCCUCUCCCCACCCCAGUCCAGAUCUAGCACUUUGGAUCGUCCCCAAUCUGAGCUGGGCUGACCCAAGGCUAACCCAGAUACAGGUCUGGAAUCACUCCGGGGUGGGGAGUCCUAAUGCUUAAUUAGGGUUUCAAGUCCUUGAAACAUUGCGUCUCCUCCUGCCCGCCCCGCUGCGUUAAUGAGGUUUUUAAAACUCUAAUUUUAAAAUAUGAUCUGUAGGGAGCUGGGGGAAGGAGGAGACACUGUGUCUCCUCCAUCUUCCAACCGCAGUGCAGAGAACCUUCUGCACAUCAGCUGAUGAGUGGAGGUUUCAAUGCAGCUGGGAGCUGCUCCACAGGGAAUGUGCUAGAAGAGCAGAGCUUGGAGAGGCUGCCAGCCUCGCCUCCUUUCCUACAACUGUCUGUCUGCCCUGCCUUUUGACAGCCCUGAAUCACUCCAGCUGGACCGACAUGAGGCAAUCCAGGGCUGUCCCAACAGCCAACCUAACCAAAGCCCAGAUCCCCCAGAAUUGGCAUGAUAUGGUUCAGGACCUGGGCUUUGACCGGUUCUGUUGCUCAGCCCUUUUUGUUGUUUAGUCGUUUAGUUGUGUCCGACUCUUCGUGACCCCAUGGACCAGAGCACGCCAGGCACCUCU